AUGUUUAAAUCAACAACUCUAAUGUUUACUAUUUUUGUUAUUAUUCUUUGUGCCGCUGUAGUUGCAAAUGCUGCUAUUACAAGUGUUGUUCAAGAAGGAAAGAAACUUACAAUCAAUUAUUCACCAAUGACAAUGAUUUGGUUUGAUAAUCAAUUGAUCAAUGAUGGAGUAACUUAUGAUGUCAAACCAUAUUGCAAGGCCAUGUAUGGAUGGUCUCCAUUGGUUUGCAACUUGCUAUCUGUUCCUGAUUGUGAUAGUAUUCGUCUCUAUGGUUCUGCUGGUAUCGGUGCUACUAAUCUUCAAAUGCUCUAUACUUUUAAUUGUACUGUCAUUGCUUAA